GUCACGGCUGUGGCUUACAAAUAUCGACAGUAUGACGUUAAAGGCCCGCCGGCGUUAGUAUCAGCCGAUGAGAUAUAAGCAAGCCCUGGCGGCGAACACGUAUCGCCUAUACCCGAAAUGCCUCUAGAGCUCAUAAACCCUUCAGCGACCUGAUUUCUUUCGCACCGUGAAGCCAGAGACGUCCACUUUAAUCAUUUCAAAGCCUUUUAUCAAGAUCCAGAAAAGAAAUGGCCGGACAGACGAACAGCACCCAAAAGGGGAUCAUCCUCGUGACCGGCGCAACCUCCUUCGUCGGAACACAUGUAAUCAAGCAGUUCCUCCAGAACGGAUACCACGUCCGAGGCCAGGCUCGAAGUGAGAGCUCCGCCAAGAGGAUAUACAAGGCGUUCCCGGACGCUGGCGACGCACUCACCACAGUCAUCGUCCCAGACAUCACAGCCGCCAACGCAUUUGACGAGGCUGUCAAGGAUGUGGCCGGCGUGAUCCACACCGCGUCUCCUUUCGUCCUCCAGGUCCAGGACAACGAGAGGGACCUGCUCGGCCCAGCCGUCAAGGGCACCACGCGCGUGCUCGAGGCGGUCGCCGCCCACGCGCCCCAGGUCAAGCGCGUGGUCGUCACCUCGUCCUUCGCCUCCAUCGUCGACCCCGUGCAAGGCUACCGACCAGGGCACACCUACACCGAGGAGGACUGGAACCCCGUCACCUACGAGGAGGCCAAGGCGGGCUCUGGCACGGUCGCAUACUGCGGGUCCAAGAAAAUCGCCGAAAAGGCGGCCUGGGACUUUGUCGAGGAGAAGAAGCCCAACUUCACCGUGUCGACCAUCUGCCCGCCCAUGAUCUACGGGCCCGUCGAGCACGACGCGGACAUCAAGAACCUCAACACCAGCAUCGCCGACAUCUACCGCUUCAUGGACGGCAGCGAGAAGGAGCCGGGCGCGACCGGGUUCCCCGCGUUCGCCGACGUGCGCGACGUGGGCGAGGCGCACUUCCGCGCCUACGAGCGCGCCGAGCCGGGCCGCUUCUUCAUCACGAGCGGCAAUUUUGAGUACAUCGACGUGUGCAGGGUGCUUCGGGCCACGCUGCCCGACCGCAAGGAUAAGAUCCCUGACCCGGAAGCCACGGCCCGCGCCGACUUCUACAAGGUGGACAACUCCCGGACGGGCAGGGAGCUGGGCAUGAGCUUCACGUCCCUGGACAAGUGCAUCCGGGACACGGCGCUGAGCCUGGUCGCGCUGGAGCAGGGCAAGACGUGGAGGGAGGUCUCCAAGGCGUAGAUGCUUCUGUGGGGAAAGCAAAUCGAGCAGGGCCCCGGGGGAUUAUAGAGCAAUUAGAUUUGAGAUAAUAAUAGACUAGAAUAGAGACCAAAUUCCCAAG